AGCCACGAUGGGGGUAGCCCAGCUAGCGGUACGGUACCAUUGGUACCAUAGCUUAUCGCCUCGCAGGCUAAAGGUCCCAUGCACCGCGAUGGACGAUGUUAUGUUAGUCUAGCACCACUUUCGCUAUGGCUAGGAGCAACGCACCACCUACGGUACCUACGGUAGAUGGAGAACUGAUUAGCCAUUAGCGAAAUCUCGUUUUACCUGUUGCUUCUCAGGUUAUAUUUAGAAACAACCCCGACUAGGCUGGUCAAGUUCUCUCUAUCACGUGCUUCUGUUGGGCAUUGCACUCAGUUUUCGAACUAUGAUCCUACCUGUGCGCGGUUUUUGCUUACCGAUGUUGAUUUUUUCCGCGAGCGCGAACUUUGACUUGUUGAUGCCUACUGUUAGUUUAUUUGUUGGUUCUACUUCUAGUUCGAGACUGAUUGUCGCGAUGUAUUCAUGAGUGAAAAGUGGAAGUUUUUUGCUUCAUUGAAAAGGAGAAAAUGUUGGAGCCGCAUCAGUUGAUCUCUCCGGCGCAUCGGAACAAAUCUGGGACUAUUUCGUGUAUUCCCAUGCAUUUGAAUAUCAGUUUUUCGGCGCAUGGGUUCUUUCCUAGGAGGUUGAGGCGAUGGGGUUCGACUGGAUCUUGGAGUCCGAUCGGCACUUCCGACGCCCUCGACCAGUCGCUCGCAGGCGGCGUCGAUAUGCGCACGAGCGUCGUUCGCGUCGCCGAGGACUACACCAAGCGGAAGAACGUGCUGCGCGUGUCAGCCGUGAAGCCUUGCAGGUCCGAGUUCCUGCUGCAGGCCGAGACGACCGAGGAGUUCGCCGAUUGGGUGAAGACGUUGCAGGUGCAGGUGGCGGCAAGCACGGAAGCGGAGUUGGAACCUUCGCAUAACAAGCAGCAAGCCGUCCCCCAACUGGUCCCGGCCUCCACCACCUUCCAAGUGCAAGGCAGCCACCUCUCGCCGCAGCUGAACAAACCGAAAACCCCCACUUCCCGAAACCGCUCCCCCACCGGCCAAUCGCCGGUUAGCAAAACCAGGAAACCCUCUCACAUGCCGGAACCAACCGCCACUAGUCCCAAAUCGAAAACAUGGCGCGGUCGUAUGGUGAAGCAGCUGAAGAGGUUCAACCAGGGGGCCAAUAGCCCCAGUUCGCCCACAGCACCAGAAGGUUCCACUUUCGGGGUUCCAAUAGAUGAGUGCCUGCCCUCGGCGAGUAACCCUUACUUGCCGAGGUUCGUGGAGGUUUGUACGGAGAUUAUUGACGAAAGGGGGUUGCAAACCAUCGGUAUCUACCGGGUUCCCGGUAACAAUGCUUCGAUAACCGCCCUAACCGAAGAGGUCAACAAGAACUACGAAGACGUACCCCUGGAAGACCCCAGAUGGAACGACUUGCACGUCGUCGGCAGUCUUCUGAAGUCCUACUUCCGGAAAAUGCCGGACUCUCUCAUCACCGUCCACCUCUAUCCCAGUUUCAUCAAGGCGGACAAGAUCGAGAACCCCAAAGAAAGAAUGGAGCAGCUGCGAAGGUUGGUAAGGGGGUUACCGAAGCACAACUACCACACGCUGAAGCACAUCAUCUUGCAUUUGAAGAGGGUGUCUGACAACUGCCAGGUCAACAAGAUGGAAGCGAAGAAUCUAGCUAUUGUUUUUGGACCUACCAUAGUUAGGCCUGAGGGAGAGACGAUGGAGAGUAUGGUUAGCCAUAUGACGAAUCAGUGCAAGAUAGUGGAGACAUUGGUCACGCAUGCUGACUGGUUUUUCCCCGAAAAUGGAAACGAAGAAAACCUUCCUGUGCCCAUCGGUUUACCAGAUAGCAACGAAGAUUUAGAUUACGGAAACAAUCAAGCCUUGUUGCUGCAUAAUAUUAGCAAGUACGAAGCUUUAAAGGAUUCGAAAGAGAAAAAUGGUGCUCUGUUUUCUUCGAUAAUUUCGGCGGCACAAAGGAAAGUGAAAAGGAAACCUAACAAGGGAAACGCUCUGCAGGACUGCAAGGAAGAGCCAGUUUCGCCAACCAACAUCAAAAUUUUCCCAGCCCAGUCGUUUUCACCUACAGAUCUCAAAGAGUGUUCCAGUCCAGAUUGCAAAAUGCGAGAAGAAAUCCCCACGACGGUCAUGGACAUAGAAAAGAAAAACAAAUCUUCCGAGAAGGUGCCUUGGUUCAAGUACGAAACAGACAAAGACGAUUUCCGAAGAAGGAUAGAAAACUUCAAACAGGAAACAGAAGCUAUGCUCCAGCUUCCGAGGAAAACAGAGAUAUCCGUUAUGAAUAUAGACACUCAGACGAUGUCCCACCUGAGCUGUUCGGCGUCCAACGUCAACCAAAAUGGCCGACUCUCCCUGCAAUCCAAAGACCUGCACCACCUUACCAAAACCCACAGCGCUUCCAACGUCUUCGCGCACACAACCAACAGGAACAGCUUGAAUUCGCUGGACAACAGUGAUUUUUCAGUGCGAGACAACAGUGAUUUUUCAGUGCAAUACAGUGCGAACGGCGGUGAUUUUGUGACGAACGGUGAUGCGAACAGGAAUGUGAACGUGGAGGGUAGUGGUGGUGAUAGGAUUGUGAUGAGGGUGAGCAACAGGAGGGGUGGUGUAGUGGGGGCGAGUGAUGCCGGAAAGAUGGAUGUUUCCAAUGGGAAUUUGAAGAAGGUCAAAUACGAGACUGAGAAUGAUUGCCUAAGGACAGAAUCAUUAGAACCUUUGAAUAAGCUGACAAAUGAUGAUGAUUCCUUGCUGAGCACCAUGACCAAGCUCUUGGACCAGAAGCUAAAAGAAGACCACGCCCUACCUUUUAUCACCGUAUCAGAAGACAUCCCCUUCGUGGAUGACUCCCCGGAAAAACCCCAAAAAAAGUCCUACCCGGACAAGGAAAACGUACCGCAGGCUAGUGAUUUGUACAGAAACCCCAGUUUACACAAGUUCGGCAACUCCAAGGCGCUGAAGAAAAUAGAAAAAGAACUGGAAGAC